UGGAGAAGAGGAGAAAAUAGAAGGGAAAACCGGCAAACGUCAGCCCCGCUUUGGCGCCAGCUGAUAUCCGUCAAAGUUUCAGCAAUUAAACAUCAAACUCAUUUCCCGCCAAACUUCACUCGCGCCAACUCCCCAAAGAUACAUAAAGGAAAAGAAGAUGAUGAAGAAGAAAACCCCUUAUUCUCCGCCAAACAUCCUUCCUCCGCAGCUCCGCCGUCUGCUGCUUUUAACGAUUCUUCAAUCCAAUUUACGGUCUUAGGGUUUCGAUGGAGAUCUCAAAGCCCCAAUCGUUCUUCCAAGACAUCAGAUCUAGAGAGCUUCACGGAUUCAGAGCUCGGAAGCGGCCGUACACCAAUGGCUUGGCAUCAGAUUUCUACGAAAUUGGCGCCAUCGCUGCAGAGCACAACGGCCCUCCGAUGGCGAUUUCGUUCGGCAAGACUUGGAAAAGCUCGCACAUAGUCGCCAUGUCCGACGAGGAUGGGUACUUGAGCCUGUUCGAUACACGUCGCAAGUUCUCCGCAUCUGCAUCUCACCAAGAAAACGCAGAUAAAACUAGGGUUUGCGAUUGGGUUGCGCAUCAAAACACUGUGUUUGAUAUCUGUUGGAUUAAGGAUGACACUCAAAUUAUGACAGCUUCUGGUGAUCAGACUAUCAAGGUAUGGGAUAUUCAGGAAAAGAAAUGUACUGCAUUACUGAUGGGGCACACAGGAAGUGUGAAAUCUCUUUGUCCUCAUCCAACUAAUCCCGAGAUUAUUGUCUCUGGUUCGAGAGAUGGCUCCUUUGCUCUUUGGGAUAUGAGAUGUAAUUCAAGCUCCACAAAUAUGCAGGGGGAGCUUUCUAUACGCUCAACUGCCGUGGUUACAGGGGCUCACAUUUUUCCACGGGCAAAACGUGUAAGGCGCGGAAAGGCUGUUUCCAUGAGCAUCACGUCAGUUCUUUAUCUUAAAGAUGAGGUCUCCAUUGCUACUGCCGGAGCUGUGGACAGCAUUGUCAAGUUUUGGGAUACCAGAAGUUUGAAAAAUGUUGUCACACAGACGUGCCCUCAACCAGAGUCAACUGAGAAGGAAAGACGAUUACACGGUAUAACUAGCUUAUCCCAAGAUCUAAACGGAGUGUUUCUUUCAGCUUCAUGCAUGGAUAACAGCAUAUAUUUGUAUAAUGUACUUCAGCUACAAAAGGGUGCUAUGCAAACGUUCACUGGAUGCCGGAUUGAAACUUUUUUUGUUAAGUCAGUUAUUAGUCCUGAUGCUGCUCAAAUACUCAGUGGCUCUAGCGAUGGAAAUGCCUAUAUUUGGCAGGUAAACAAGCCUCAGGAAGACCCCAUUAUAUUGAAAGGCCACGACAGGGAAGUUACUGCAGUGGAUUGGUCCCAGUUUGAGGUCGGAAAGAUGGCAACUUCGUCAGAUGAUUUUACGGUUCGCAUUUGGAACUCUCAGAAUAGUGACUCCCCAAGCACAAGCUCUCCAUCUACCAUUCGAAGGAGAGUCAUGGCAAUCCCAAGUGCAGAGUGUAGAAAGCUUCUGAUGAAUGAAUCAACAAUGCAUACCUCAAAGGAUUCCGGAAAUCUGUGUCCAUCAGAUGAAGGAUUAGACAAAACUAACUCACUCAAUCCGAUUAGUAUGCAUAAAAUGAGUACUCCCCCGUCUCAAAAGAAACAAUCUACGUCGGAUCCUGACUUUAGCAAAACCUUGGAGAAGACCCCCGAAGCUGCAUUGGACAGCCCGUCUUCUGUUCUGCACCCUCCCUCCUCUCUAAAAAGGAAAACAAUUCGUGAUUACUUUGGAGUACCUCCCUUAAACUUGUAGGUCUUGGGUUUAUUGUACAAAGUGCUGACAUUGCCUCUGAGUCUACUGCUUCAGAACUGGAUCGAUCAACCCCAUUUCAGAUAAUUUCUACCGUUUCUAUAUUGUAUGUAAAGCGUAUACAGAAGGAUCUUUUUGAUGAAAAUCGCUCUGGUCGCAUUGUAUUUUUGUGCCACAAGCAACUGGGCGUGAUUCAGAAUACAGUUUUAGACGCUUACUGAGCAAAUCUGAUGAGUUCUUUUUCAUUACAA